AUGCCGUUAAAACUUCGGUUUAUAUCGAUGAUAUUGCAACUGAGAAGGCUCGUUGGUGCAAAAGUGAAUACACGACAUAGACUAUAUCUAAUUCCGCUGGUAGCAGUUUUGUUAUUUUUUGUUAACUGGCCUCGUUCUACCACGCCCCCUGUGGUCUCUAUAUAUGAAGGCGAGUAUCCAUUUAAUGAGGAUUUGCUACAUUCAAGUGCUGAGUCAGCCUUUACAGUUAUUUCAGAUAAAAUCAAUAACCUUAAAGAUGAGUACGCAAACAGAUCGCUAAAACAAAAGUUAUUUUCAUUCUUUGAUAAAGAUGAGAAGAUUCUUAAGAAUUGGGAAAGUAGUUCUUUGAAUGAUAAAUGCAGAUGGUUAGUCAGAGGUAUAUACUCCAGCUCAGCAUGGAAUAAUUUUGAUAUAACAAAAAAUUAUAAAUUUGAAACUGCCUAUGAAAAAUUUCAAGCAGUUACUGAGCGUGUAAGAAUCUACAAUUACUGUUUCAUGAAUGGCAAUAUCGACCCCGUUGAGGUAUUUGAUGAGUUGAACAUACCGUUUGCAGACCCAUAUGACUUCCAAAGUCGGAUGUUCAUGUUCUUGAAGAAGGUGAAUAGGAAUGACAAAGCGUACAUGUACCCACUAAUCAAGAAUGUGCGUAAUGGAGAUAUUAUAGCGAAGCCACGGACUAAGAUGAGUGCUAAGGAGUACAAUGCUAAUUUCAUGGGGCACUGGAAAGCUGAGGCCCGCGGGCGAGGUAUUACGUUGACAGUAGCACCUGAUGAUAUAAAGCUAUUGCGGUCAUUAUUUAAAGUUUUGGAGAAGUUAGGGAAUGAAUAUCCUGUGGAGGUUGUCCAUAAAGGUGGUGAGAUGACACCCAAGAUGGAAGAUCUGAUCAGACAAUAUGCUGAGGAGACAAACCAGGAAGUAUAUGUCAUCAACCUCUCACCAAUACUUGAUCCAGAUUUUGCUAGUCAGAAUAUCAAGUCAUUCAAAAAUAAAUGGUUUGCAGCUAUGUUCAAUACCUUUGAAGAAGCUAUUUUGCUAGACGUAGAUGUUGUUCUUUACGCAUCUCCAGAGUAUUUCUUCGAACUGGAUGGUUAUAAAAAAACAGGACUCAUGCUAUGGAAGGAUAGAGAAUAUACUGAGGUUGAAACUAGUGAUCGCUGCGCUUCAAUGGCUCCAUAUUUUGAACCUUCAGAAGAAGAACAUGAAUUGUUGGGUACAAUACAAAAGUAUAGACUAACUGGACCUGAUUUAGAAACACAUAAUGAAUCCGAAGCCACUACACUUAAUGACUUUUUUAACAAUAAAUUAGCCACUAUAAUUGAUAGCGGAGUUGUCCUUAUUAAUAAGAAACAAAAAUUAAAUGCUCUCUUACUUGCUGCAUAUUAUCAUAUGAGCAAAUACUUUGGAGGCUGCACAUACGGUGACAAAGAAUUAUUUGAAAUUGCAGCAUUGGCUGCUGGCGAAGAUUAUUAUGUUGAUCCAAACAAAGCAGGAGCAAUAGGGCCAAUUGGAUACCAUCCACCAAGAGAGAAAUAUUAUGUUUGUUCCGCCCAAAUGGGACAUCCGGAUGAAAACAACAACUUACUUUGGUCUAAUGGUGGGCUAAAGAAUUGUAAGUUAGAUAGUGCAGAAGCCGACUUCAAAAAAUUACCAAAAUAUUUUAAGGCCAAAUACGGCAGUCUGGAUACUGUCAAACUAUAUUACAAAGGUCGGUCAGAAAUUCAGGGCUUUAUUGUUCCUGAUAUCGUUAAACAAAAGUGGAUACAAUACCCAGACUGUCAACAUUACUUAUAUUGUGCAUUUAUUACAGAUCCACCAGAGGAUGAUAAUACUGGAAAACUUGUAAGAUUUAGUGAGGAGGAGAUGGAGAAGUAUAACGAGAUAGGAAGAGCUUGGUAUGCGGGUACUAUAUAUUAG